UAAUUUGUGGUUUUAGGAUAGGAGUCUCAAAUUGAACUUCUCUCAACAAAUUAUUUCACUAUUCCCAAUCUAGUAUACAAGUGAUUUUCUUUCAUAACUAGCAUUAGAAAUAAAGUUCUUUCAACAGAUCCAUAUAAAAAUGGGCCAUUUGCUUCAAAAGAAAAAUAAAACAGAUUCUAAGUGAUCAAUAGAAAACUUUAAAGGAAGUAUAUCAUCAAUAAUGGCUUACAAUGGCUCCGUAGAUGUGAACGAGCUUAUGGAAUCACUGAAGCUAAACGAAAGUGUUCAGUCGCUUACCAGACUCGAUCGAUAUCCUCCAUAUUCGCCAUUCUAUGGGAUCAUGGGCGUGGUAUGCUCAAGUGUAUUCAGUUCGAUUGGAGCGGCCUAUGGCACUGCGGUUUCUGGAACCGGGAUAUCAGCCACAGCCGUGAUGCGUCCAGAAAUGAUCAUGAAGUCGAUUAUACCGGUGGUAAUGGCGGGAAUUAUAGCCAUUUAUGGUCUUGUGGUUUCUGUGCUGCUGUCCGGUGAGCUAGGACCUUCGACCCAGUACUCGCUCCCCACGGGAUAUAUGCACCUGGGUGCUGGACUUGCUACAGGAUUAUGCGGUUUAGCUGCCGGUUACGCCGUGGGAGAGGUGGGUGACACUGGGGUGCGACAUAUCUCCGAACAACCACGCCUCUUUAUUGGGAUGAUUCUCAUCUUGAUUUUCGCUGAAGUUUUGGGCCUGUACGGGCUGAUCAUUGGUAUAUAUUUGUAUACUGUGAAUAUAAGAACAUAAAUUUUAUA